AUGUCUGGUGGUAAAGGUGGCAAGGCCGGUGGUUCUGAAAAGGCCUCCUCUUCCCGUUCUUCUAAGGCUGGUUUGACUUUCCCAGUCGGUAGAGUCCACAGAUUGUUGAGAAAGGGUAACUACGCUCAGAGAGUUGGUUCUGGUGCCCCAGUCUACUUGACUGCUGUUUUGGAGUACUUGGCCGCCGAAAUCUUGGAAUUGGCUGGUAAUGCUGCCCGUGACAACAAGAAGUCCAGAAUUAUCCCAAGACACUUGCAGUUGGCUAUCAGAAACGAUGAAGAAUUGAACAAGUUGUUGGGCCACGUCACUAUCGCCCAAGGUGGUGUCUUGCCAAACAUUCACCAGAACUUGUUGCCAAAGAAGUCUGGUAAGGCUGCUGCUAAGGCCUCCCAGGAAUUGUAA